UCCCUCCCUUUGAGGAAGGAGGAGAGGCGAGAACUUGGCUUAUACCUGUAUAUUUUUAUAUUUUGCCUUAUACUGUAUCUUGAAUUUACUUUCUUAUGCAUGAGAGUGGACUUUUCUGCCAUUUCCCCCAGAGACCGCCUACAAAUGCUUUGUGACAUUACCUGCGCUUGGCGCUUGAGGCCUAAUGUUUUACCUGUGGUUUUGUUUGAAUAGAGACAAAGUGCUCUGCUGGAAUCCAAGGAGAGGCAGGGUGGCCACUCCCAGCGUUUCAAUCCUAGAGCCUAGAAGCAUCUGGCUGGCCAGGUGUCUGGACUGCCCACGUAGCAGGCCACACUGAGUCACUCCAGUAGUGGCAUGACGUUCCUGAGCUCUGCAGUGGGUGCGAUGGGGGGAGGGAGCUGAGGGUGUGGAAGAGCGUGGGAGCAAGGACUUGAUGGUCCUGGGGGUGGGGGGCUGGUCCUGGGGACAUGCCCGUGUAUGGCAGCAGCUACUGUGACCAUGAGCAUAGAGCUGUCACUUACAGAAUGCCUAAUAGGAGUCACAUGCCUAGACUUUAUCAUCUUGUCCUUCAGCGCCCCUGUGAGACAGGUACUGUAUCCCUAUUUUAUAAAAAAGGAAACUGGGACUCAGAGAGGCUGAGCGCCUUGCCUCAGGUCCCACAGCGAGGACGGUGUGGAAUGGGACGCAUUCCCAGGACUGCUUGCUCUGUGCUCUAGGCCCUGACACAGUUAUAGAUGAGCUGAGAGCCGUCCUGAUUGCCCAGGGCCUGCUUGGCUUUCCUGGAAUCCGCCAUAGCCCGUCUCCUCCGUUCCUCCAGGGAGAAGCUGGGCAGUGUGGAGUCGGUUUAUAUCAUCGACCCCGAAGAUGUGGCCCUUCUCUUUAAGUUCGAGGGUCCCACUCCAGAACGAUUUUGCAUCCCGCCCUGGGUGGCCUAUCACCAGUAUUACCAGAGACCCCUCGGCGUCCUGUUGAAGGCCUGAGGGCCUGUGUUUUCUCAGGAAGUCAGGAGCUUGGAAGAAAGACCGGCUGGCCCUGAACCCGGAGGUGAUGGCUCCAGAGGCCAUAAAGAGCUUCAUCCCCCUGCUGGACCCAGUGUCUCAGGACUUUGUCAAAGUCCUGCAGAGGCGCAUCAAGCAGCAGGGCUCUGGAAAGUUCUCAGGGGACAUCAGUGAUGACCUGUUUCGCUUCGCCUUUGAGUCCAUCACCAACGUCAUGUUCGGGGAACGCCUGGGGAUGCUGGAGGAGAGAGUGGACCCUGAGGCCCAGCGGUUCAUUGACGCGGUCUACCAGAUGUUCCACACCAGUGUCCCCAUGCUCAACUUCCCUCCAGACCUGUUCCGUCUAUUCAAGACCAAGACCUGGAAAGACCAUGUGGCUGCAUGGGAUGUGAUUUUCAAUAAAGCUGAGAUCUACACCCAGAACUUCUACUGGGACCUGAGGCACAAGAGAGACGUCAACAAUUACCCAGGCAUCCUCCACCGCCUCCUAAAAAAUAACAAGCUGCUCUUUGAGGAUGUCAAGGCCAAUAUCACGGAGAUGUUGGCCGGGGGUGUGGACACGACGUCCGUGACUCUGCAGUGGCACCUGUACGAGAUGGCACGCAGCCUGAGAGUUCAGGAGAUGCUGCGGGAGGAGGUCCUGGCCGCCCGGCGCCAGGCCCAGGGAAGCAUGAGCGCCAUGCUGCAGCUGGUCCCGCUCCUCAAAGCUAGCAUCAAGGAGACACUGAGACUCCACCCCAUCUCCGUGACCCUGCAGAGAUACCUUGAAAAUGAUUUGGUUCUUCGAAAUUACAUGAUUCCUGCCAAGACGUUGGUGCAGGUGUCCACCUAUGCCAUGGGCCAGAACCCCACCUUCUUCUUCAAUCCGAGCAAGUUUGACCCAACCCGAUGGCUGGGUAAAGACAAGGACCUCAUCCACUUCCGGAACCUGGGCUUUGGCUGGGGCGUGCGCCAGUGUGUGGGCCGGCGGAUCGCGGAGCUCGAGAUGACCCUCUUCCUCAUGCACAUUCUGGAGAACUUCAGAGUUGAAAUGCAACAUCUCAGUGAUGUGGGCACCACAUUCAACCUUAUCCUGAUGCCCGACAAGCCCAUCUUCUUCACCUUCAGACCCCUCAACCAGGACCCACCCCAGGUGUGAUUAGAGAGGGUGGACACUGCCUCCGCCACCCAUCAAGCCAGCAGGGGUGCUGGAGGGAGGCCCGAGGGGUGGCACCCCUGGUGCUCUCUGCUCUUCAGUCCUUGGUACCCCUCCCCCGCUCCUUUGGGACCGGCUCUGAGAAGAGAGAGUUGGUGCUCAGUGGUCAGCUGCCCAGCUCAGCCAGGGCACCCCUCUUUCCCGCCACCUCUUCCUCCUCUUCGCCUGCCCAGGGACGCAAUAAAUGGCUGAACUACGUGAA